CUCUACUCUCUCCUCUCAUCUCUCCAAAAUCCAUUAUCUUUUCUCUUAUCUCUCCAAAAUCUAUUAUCUUUCCUCUCUAUCCUCAUAUUCUCUCUACAUCCACGAUUUUACUCUUUCCCUUCCCCUUUACUGACCAUGACUCAUCCGUACGAAGAGGAGAAGGAGAUGAAGAAGCUGAAGAAACACUACGACAUGUUAGGCUACAUUUGCGAUGCCCAAUAUGGAAUUCCUACCCGUUGCCCAUGUGGUGGUGAAAUCGAGAAGGAUGUGUCUCCAAAUCCGAAAUAUCGCCACGAUUUCGAUACCUUGCCUGGAAGUAGGUACUUUACCUGCAAGAAUUAUGAGGACGAUGGGAUGCACUUUCAUCAGCCAUGGACAUUUGAUGUUGAGGAUGAAGUGAGGCAACUAAGGAUGGAGGUCAAUGAUAUGGCUGAAGAGAUUUCUAAGCUUAAGAGGCUUAUUACCUCCACCUCCCAUCCAUGAGAUGAUGCUCUCAACUCUAAGUACUGAGUUCAUGGAUGUGCUAAAAAACUUUGUAUUUCCCUAUCUAUUUCCAAUUUCGGUUAAUACAAGUCUUUGUUUGUUAAGACUUGUAUAAGUGUCUCUGUCAAAACUUAUGUUAUAAUUCUCUGAGUUCUUGAAUCUUAUCUAAUGUUAGAACCCUUAUGUUAUCUCAUGUUCAUUUUAAAGUUUGUAUUCUGUUAUCUCAUGUUCAUUUUAAAGUU